AUGGUAAAUCAUAAUUAUUUAUUUGUAGAAUGGUCUGAUGACAAAUCAGGGAUGUUGGCAACAUCAUUCAAAAUAGGACAACGAAAUUUAAAUACUAUUCAACUUGUAAAUGUCACAAAACUUCAAUUUGGAAAUUGUUAUCGUCGUGCAACUCAUCAUGGUUCUAAAUUUACAGCCUUGGAUAAAGUACGUGCAAAAAUAUUUGCUCGUCUUAUUUCAAUGCCUGUUCAACUCAAAUAUCUUUCUCUUGAAAACUUUCAAUGGCUUUUAUACGUUAUUGAAAAUGCUUUUGAUGACUUGAGAGAAAAUGUACUAAGUACUGUUCAACAUGCUGAAUUUGGUAUUCCUAGUUGUAAUCUUGGUAACUAUGAAUCCAUUUAUGUUGGUAAACAUCUUGUACCUUUCCUCAAUGGUUAUAUGCCUCAUUUACAAACAUUAUGUCUUUGGAGACCAGAUGAUUUUCCUUGGACAUCAAGUAAGUUUGUUUUAAGAUAAAAUAUAAUUAAUCAUAACUAACAAUACGAAAUUUUUUUUCUAAUUUCAAUUAUGAUUUGUUAAAAUUUCAUUAGUUAUCUGAUAUUUCUGUAAUAAUCUAAAAUUGAACAUACUGAAAAGGUCGUUCUUAGAUUUAUUAACGGCAAUUUUUUUUGCUUACACAUAAAUUUUAAUUGAAUUUUAUCUAAUGUCAGUCAAUAUGUCUGAUUAAAAACUUUAGUGAAGUUCAUAAUGAAUUGAAAUCUACAACUCAUUUGUUUUUCUCAUCUAUACUGUAGUAAAUAUAUAGAAUAUGUGGUCUCAAUUGGAAAUAUCUUCAAUAAAAAUAAAUUUCUUUUCAAAGAUAUAUAAUUUUUAGAGAAAAGUUCUAUUCUGUUUUAUUAUUAAGGCCUCUUCCCCCUCAAAAAAAGUCCCUAUUCGCCAAAAUCGUCGAAAUUCAGAUAAAUGCAUGGAAAGAUAGCCCAUCUUCUGCUCUUUUAGAAACGCUACUGCUUUUUCGUCGUCACCUCGUUUUUGGCCAAAAUUUUUGAUGAUUCCGUUGAAAAAUAUGCGUUUUUAAGAUAAAACGAAAAAUGUUUUUCGUUUUUUCUCGGUCCGGACUCUAUCAAUAUAUUAAAAUUUUAUUUUUGUUUGAAAGAGCGCGUCGAGAUGCAGGGCACCACAGAGUCCUUUUUCUAAUUAAGCUUUGUUUUUUAUUAUAUAUACGGAUACAGACAUUUAUGUAAAAAACCACCCAUUUUUGGCGUGUUUUUUGAGUCAUUGAACUUGUGAGCCCCCCCUUCUUCGCUACAAAAAUAAGAAUUUUAAAAAAAGGACUCUGUGGUG